GGGGGACUGAGUUUCUGAGCCGUGUGGUUGUAACAGAUUUUGUCCCCUUCCCCCAUCCCCUGUAAGGCUCAUGUGAUGCUGUUAUCUCUGGGCUGGAGCUGUUCACCCAAUGUGCAAAUCAGCAUGUUCUCAAGAGAGCUUAUGCUGUGUGCUGUCUCAGUUAUUUCCAUACUAUGUGUCCUCGGGGCAAAACAUGUUAGAAAGUAGCUUUGCGUUAACAGGACUCACAAUCCACUCUGUUGCUCAAUGGCAUCCCUAAAGAGAUUGCAGGGUCUCACAGCAGCUACAAUCACUCCAAUGACUCCAGAUGGAGAAAUUAACCUCUCUGUGAUUGGGCAAUAUGUGGAUUAUCUUGUAAAAGAGCAGGGUGUGAAGAACGUUUUUGUGAAUGGCACAACAGGAGAAGGGCUGGCACUGAGCACCCAGGAGAGGAAGCAGCUGGCAGAGGAGUGGGUGACCAAAGGGAAAAACAAGUUGGAUCAUGUGAUCAUUCACGUGGGUGCAUUAAGUCUACCAGAAGCAAAGGAACUGGCCAAACAUGCAGCUGCAAUAGGAGCCAGUGGUAUCGCUGGGAUCGCCCCCUUUUUUUUCAAACCUACAAACAAAGAUACAUUGGUUGCUUUCUUACGGGAAGUUGCAUCUGAAGCCCCUGGCAUUCCAUUUUAUUACUAUCACAUUCCUCCUUUAACAGGUGUAAAGAUUCGUGUUGAGGAGCUCCUGGAUGGGAUAAAAGAACAGAUCCCCACAUUCCAGGGGGUGAAGUUCAGUGACACAGACCUCUUGGACUUUGCACAGUGUGUGAAGAACCACAAAGAGCAGUUUGUGCUACUCUAUGGGGUGGAUGAGCAUCUGCUGAGCGCACUGGCAAUGGGAGCAUCUGGGGCUGUUGGAAGCACAUACAACUACCUGGGCAAAAAAAACAACUUGAUGUUGGAGGCUUUUGCAAAGCAAGACCUCGCAUUAGCACAACAAUAUCAGUUCUGUACAGGAGAAUUUCUCAGCUUUGUAUUCAAACUAGGUUUUGGUGUUGCACAGACUAAAGCAGUCAUGACUUUUACCUCAGGGAUUCCAAUGGGUCCCCCACGGCUUCCGCUCCUGAGUGCCUCUGUGGAUUUUAUUGAGAAAGCAAAAGCCAAAAUGGCGAGCCUGAUUCUGUGACUGUCCCAGCAGUUGAUCUGAUAUGAAUAUGGAUCUGGAGGUUUGGGGCCUCUGCUUUUGUGAUUCAUCACUCAGUGUUCUCAGGAAUUUGUAAUAAGUGGUUUCCUGUCAGGGAUGGCCCUGCUAGCCUGUGUCUUGCUGUCUUUCCUUUAGCAUUACUCAAAGGUGGAACCUUUAUAAUACAGGUGAAUUCUGUUUAUCUGAAUGACCUGGAGGACAUCAGAGACCUUUGGAUAACCGGGUGUUCAUAAAAUAGAAGUGCUAUUUUUAGCUGCAAUUUCACAGGUCUGGUCUGUGCUUCAAAUUGAGGUCAACCGAGCUACGUUGUUAAGAUGCCCAAACCUCUCUGAUAGACGUGGCUAGGUCAAUGGAAGAAUUCUUCUGUUGACCUAGCUACCAUCUCUUGGAGAGGUGGAUUAUCUACACUGAUGGAAACCCCCUUCUGUUGCUGUAGGAAGCGUCUACGCUAUGGUGCUACAGCAGCACAAUUCCAGUGCCAUAGCUGUAACACUUGAGUGGCUCUAGUGUAGACAAAGCCACUGUUUCAUGCUGCAGUGAUGCCAGUCCCAGAGGGAGGAGGGGAGAAAAGGAUCUGGUAUCACUGCAGAAUGAAAGGGUGGGGGUGGUAGUGGUGGAAGGGAGGCAAAGAGGAGGAUGGAAGAGAGAAAAGGAAGGAGAUAGAGGGGAAGGAGCUGCAGGAGACCGGAGCCUUCUUGACAGCCCAGGAUUCCACAAGCACCAGGACAAAUACUGUAAUGAGGGGCACAGCUGGCUGGCUGGCUCCCUCCCCCACAGCUGUCAGUGCUAGCAAGUGCUCAAACAGCACCAAGGAAGUUCUUGUCUCCUGCAGCUAUUCCACCUCUCUUCACACCCUUGGGGAUUCACAAUGUAGUUAUCUGAAUGAACAGUGUAUUUUCCCCCAUGCGUUUAAUGAGCCACUAAGAGGUUAACUGAAGAGCAUUCAGCACCGGCACUGCUGAUUCAGCUCAUCAGGAUUUUCAGUUAAUUGAAAUUUGAACUUUGCCUGUAGUUGCCUCUACCCUAUGGUGCACAAAAGCAAGGUAUGCUUCUAACGAAGCAAACUUAUAAGGGUAUGUCUGUACUGAAAAUGCUACAGCUGCAGUCCUUCAGUAUAGACACUACUUAUGCCGAUGGAAGAGGAGAAGGAAUUCCAGCAAGGAACCUGAAUUCCUCUGGAAAGGGAAGAGGACUCUCUAUAAAGGACUUCUGACUUCCAGAAUUUCCAUCUACUAUGACAGUCCCAACCCUCUUCCCUCCCCCCCCACUUUUUAUGAUGCUGAGAUGAGGGUGAAGUAAUGUCUAUUGUACUCUGACAUGACAUCAUUCUGCUCAGCCUGGUAUUUUAGUGCAGCUGUUAUGUCAGAUGAACCUACAAAAAAAUCCCAUUUUUACCAGUGAGUAAAAGGAAUCAGGUUUCUUUUCCGAGAACUACCAGAAGACAUUCUUCUUCCAUAACCUUCUUUCCCUUCAUCUCUCUUCUCCAUUUUCUUGUUCUCCCUGUAUUUCCUCAAACAAAAAAUUCUAAGUACUGUAACUUUUGUGACAGAAGGCACUUGCUCCAUCUUGUUCCCAGCAUGUGCUGGCUAAAUCAGCACCAGAGCUGGAGCAGGAAUUGAACCAGAGGUUCCACCUGACAAUGCAAAGCACUACUGCUUCUUACAAAUGUCAUUUAUUGCUGAUGUUAAGGGGCCCUCUACACAUAUUGGAUCUAAUGUUCCACUACACCCUGUGUAUUUGUUUACACCUUGGCAAAAUGCUACCAUCUAGGUGCCUGGAGAAUUUUGAUUUGGUAGCAUUUUAUACCCACUUUGCAUGUGCAAGAAUGACUGCAUGUGCAAGACAGGGAGAAUCAGGUCUGAGAAUCUGGUGAUCUGUUGCUAUUUUAGUAUCCAAGCAUUCUGGGUAAGCUGGAGAGUCACCUUCCAUUAACUUCUUCAGUUUGGCAGUAAUAAUCUCACUUUCUGUCUGCAGAACACAAACUGUAGAAGUCCUGACUGAGUUAGAUGGUUGACGUGAUUUUUCUCCUGAAUCUGUAAGCUUCCCUGGUGGAUCAAACAUGAAAGAAGGUAGCCUCUGAAAUAGCAAAGAGCACUGCACGUUUGCAGCUGUUCCUUGCACAACCAACCAUUGAUUGGAGCAAGCAUGCAGAGAGCCAGCAUGAUAAAAAUCAUAGGAAAGAAUAAGACAGUGCACACUCCCAGAUUUAGCUACGUGUAUUUUAGGAGAACUCUGCUGUGUAUUCCUUAAAGCUUUUACUUUGAUGUUUUUAAGUUCUCUAAUCCAAAUGAGAUUCUCUAUUGCUGUUCCAAUGCUCUAUGCACAUAACAAUGCACUAUUACUUACUUUCUGCAUAUUUUAACAUAAUAUAUAGAUGCAUCUAAACAUGAGAUCUUCAACUGAAUAACUUUUCUAACAGACCCAAAUUAUUCCUGGUAUUUUUAAGUGUCUAUUGGUCUGAAUAUACAAAUCUCCAGAUAUUAAAGUGUGUUUACCUCUGAAAAUUUGUUUAACAUUUUCAGUGAAAUUUUUGUAUAUUUUCUUAGUGAUCAUAAAAGCAUUCUUAAAAACA